AUGGAUGCGGCUGCGGUGCGGAAGCUUUUCAAGUGCGCCGCAGGCGUGCUCAACAGCGCGUUCGGAGCCGAAGAGGCGAAGAAGUGCGAGGCAGAGGUGAAGGAAAUCCUUGGCGGUGAGUUUGUCGAGUGCUCUUUCGAGUCCGUGUGCGUGGCUUUAGCUAAAGCCAUUGAGAAGGGCCUAGUGCCGGAGCCCGGCUUACAAACUUUGCGGAACCUGGAGCCUCAUUUCGAGAAGCACGGAUUGAGUCCCAGCUCCCCACUUUCUGUUGCCUUGGGGUUACAAGAAACUCUGAAGAUCAACGUGGUGAGUAUGGCUGGGGAGAAGACGGCGCACGAAGUGGAGUCGAAGGGCCGAAUCCUCGGGCUGAAGUGCAAGCUCGGCGUUCCCUUCGGGACGAAGGCCAACCUUACCUUCCAGGACACGCUACUUGAGGACUCACAGACUUUUGCAGAUGCAGGUGUGGGAGAAGGCUCCGACCUCCUCUUGGUUCAUGAGAAGAUGACCUGGGGAGAGGACCAGAAAAGUGGCAUGAAGGACCUACUCAACUUCCUGGAGGACGACGAGGAAGUCGAAGCCAUCGUCUUCGGUGACUGGGGAUGGGGAAACUACGAGGAAGUCGACGAAGCGCUCCGGAUUCCCGAGCACCGACGCGGGAAGGUGCUCACUCCCUAUGAGGCCGGAUCCUACAUGGAGGGAUGGUCUUUCUUGGGGGGUCACGGUGCCCCUGAGUGCUACGCGGCCUACAUCUACACCAACCAGAGGGUGAUCUUCGUGUGCCAAUAUGACGGCUUAACGAGCUUGGAGCAGCUGCUGGAAAUUCAGGAUUUCCGAAAGGCGCUGACCCGGAUCGAGCGCUCAGUGGACUCGAUUCGAGGAGGAGACCCGGGCUCGACCUCGAGACCAGUUCGUCGGAAGGUCUCCGGCGCGAGCACCGGCGCCAAGGAAGUACGAGCUCGGCUCGGGGAUCGAACGAGGUCCCACCUCUCCUCGAACUCGGGGACCAUUACUACCUCCAUGAACAAGAUGAUGGAUGUUCUUGAAGAACAGACGGCACGGCAGCUGCAGCAGAAGCUGCGACGGAAGUCGGGGACCAUCGGGGAAGAAGACGUUGAGCCACUGGAGCCAAAUCAACAGCCUGAAGUCGAUACGAUCGGCCUGCACCAACCUAGCUCCUUCGAUUCAUCUCCGGAGAGCGGUCGGCGAGCGAAAGCCGGCUAUCAAGCCUCCGCGUCCUUGACGUCCGUGUCUCCGAAACAGAUGAAUGGCGAAGCCGAAACACCGUCCCGGCGCUCGAAGCUCGCGACAGUGGAGAGCAACGACGCCCGGUUUUGCCGAAGGAAAUCGCUGGAUGAGCUCCAAGCCGACCACAAUGCAGCUAUCACAGCGCCUGGAGGAGCCGCCUCUUCUCUUCACGCCAGCGUGAGUGUCGCCCUCCGCGCCUCGCGGCUUUCGAUCACCACGGAAGGGGCCGCAACUGCGCUGCCUUGGCUUGGUUGGUUCCUGCUUUCCUGCGUGGGCAUCCUGGAUUUCUACGAAGGGAAAUCGUGGAGGAUCCUCGCCUGCGGCUGCCUGGCAAUGCAGAUGAUGAGCAGUCUCGGCUCGGCUUUGGUCCUCAGCACCUGGCAUGGGAAGGAGAUGGAGCCGCUUGUCUCGACCGAGCUCUACUUGCUGGGCGCGCUGAUGGCCGCUGUGAGCCUCCGUAGGUCGAAGAUCGGAAAGCUCCUCGGGCCCACGGAACACCUGCUGGACGACUACGCAGCUGAGUGCGAUUUCUUGGAUGAGUGGAGAAAGCUCUCACGGCUCCGGCUGCUGCAGAUUUGCGGUGGUUUCGUGCUGAUGUUGAGCAGCCGCACAUCGGCCUUGCUGCUGACGUCACAUCCCAGCCACGGGAAGCUUACGCAAGAUCUUGCACAGGAUGUCGUUACGAUCACAGCCUUUGCGGCCAUGGCCGUGUGCUUCUGCGCCGCUUGCUACUGCACGCUUCACAUCACAGCUGGGUUGGAGCUGGCAGUCGACAGCUUUGCAGUGCGUUGCUUUAAGACGGCUGACAUGGAGGCCGCCGUGCUGGAAUGGAACGUGGUGCAGGCAACCUUGCGGCAGACGUCCUGCAAGCUCAGCGAGUUUCUGGCGGUGCUGGCUUCCUCGUGCAUCAUCUCCAUGAUCUUGUUUGCCUACCAGGUCGUGUCCCUGAGCCUCUCCGGCCACGGCACGGCCUUCCUAGACCUGGGGCUGUGGCUGGGAUGGCUCUAUCCUCCCGUGCUGCUCUUCCUCUACAGCCUCACCAGUGCCGCAGCCGUCACAGAGAAGGUGGACCGACUCGCCCCACUAGUGAACUCAUGGGCAUUCAAGAGUGAAGUCUUGGAUGAAUCCCGCCAGUAUCUUGUCCAGUACAUACUGCAGAGCCGAGCGGGCUUCUACACCAGAGGAAUCCGGGUCUCUGCAUCCAACGUACAGAAGAUUUGCUACUACUUUGCAGCCGGGUCCUUUGGUCUGCUUGCGAACUUCUGGCAGUAA